AUGAGUAAGAUAGUGUUCAAGCAUCAGCAGGCUGAUAUUGGAUCUCUUAGCGUAGCUGGAAACUUCAGCCAAUGGGCUAUCCAGCCCAUGGUCUUCAACGCCGCGGAAAAGCAGUGGGAGUUUCAGAUCGUCCCGCAAAUGCUGGCCAACUUGAAAACACAAGAAAACUCAUCAGGAGUGGUUACAUAUUUCAAGUUCAUCGACGACAAAGGGGUUUGGUUUACGGACGACAAUUUUGCCAAGGAGAUCGACGAACAUGGCAACGAAAACAACGCGUUGUACUUGAAGAUGGAUGAGCAAAAGUUAUCAAGCGGUGACAAGAACGAGCUGGAGGCUGUAGAGUUUGGGGAUCCGCAGAAAGUCUCAGAAGAUGAUCAACAGGGGCCUGCAAGUCCAGAUCCCACGCCCGUUAUUCCGGGUUCUAUGAGUCCCCUCGCGACAUACUCUGAAGAAUCGCCUGUCAUGAUUAAUGAUUCAGAUCUAGAGGAAAACUAUCAUGAAACUCAGGAUCAAAGCCACGACCAAGACCACAACAAAGUGGACGGAAGCAGACAUGGUUCUGCGGACACUGAAGUCUCUGUCACUCGCGAUCCCAACGAAUAUAAGAACUUUCUUCACAGCAUAAUCUACUUCUUCAGGAGUUUGUUCUAUCGAUGGUUCGGUGUGGGGAAGCGACAAUAG